AUGGGCAGCGAUGAUAUCAACAGCAAACAUGGCAAAACCGUCAACGAUGUCGUCGACACAGUGGUAAAGCCUUCUGGCAUGGAGCAAUCAACCUCCAACGUCGAGGGGACCUCCACAGAGACGACAGGCGAACAACAACAACUCAAGCGGGAGUUCAAAGAACGUCACGUCUCUAUGAUCGCUGUCGCCGGCGCUAUCGGAACCGGACUCAUCAUCGGCUCUGGUACGGGUCUCGUCAGGGGCGGUCCCGCGAGUCUGCUGAUCGCGUAUACCCUCAUCGGAGCGGUCGUCUUCUUCAUCAUGACGGCCGUGGGAGAGAUGGCGACGAUGCUUCCUUCGGACAAGGGGUUUGCUGGAUACGCUACACGUUUUGUUGAUCCGGCUUUGGGUUAUGCCACGGGAUGGAACUAUUUCUUGAAAUACGCUAUCGUCCUCCCCAACAACCUCACUGCAGCAGGCAUCAUCAUACAAUAUUGGAGACCUGACCUCAAUGUCGCCAUUUUUGUGACAACCUUCACCAUAGCCAUUAUUGCUGUCAAUAUCCUACACGUCUCUUUCUUCGGCGAAGCAGAAUUCUGGAUGUCCGCCGUAAAACUCCUCGUAAUCGUAACCCUCAUCCUAACCUGUUUCAUAAUCUCCAUGGGCGGACAACCCUCUCACGAAACAAUCGGCUUCAAAUACUGGCACAACCCAGGCGCCUUCGGCUCCUACCUCGUCGAGGGGCCAACAGGCCGGUUCCUCGGCUUCUGGGCUGCAACAGUCCAGGCCUGCUUCGCUUACACCGGCACCGAAGUCGUCGGCGUGGCCUUUGGCGAAGCGCCCAACCCGCGCCGGACGAUCCGCAAGGCCGUGCGCCAGACGUUGUGGCGCAUCGUGUUCUUUUACGUCUUGGGUGCGCUGGUACUGGGGAUGUCGGUGCCGUAUACCAACGACAUGCUUAUCGGCGGGACGAAGAAGAGUACCGGGGCCGCCGCGAGUCCGUUUGUUGUUGCGGUGCAGAUUGCCAACAUCCCAGUGUUUCCACACGUCGUCAACGGGUGUCUGCUUGUCUUCGUCCUGAGCGCUGCCAACUCGGAUAUUUACAUUGGGUCUCGUACGCUCUUUGGUCUAGCGCGGGAUGGCCAGGCGCCAGGGCUAUUUAUGAGGACGUCUGGAAAGGGCGUUCCGCUUUACGGGGUCGCGGCUACGAGCGUCUUUGCGGCGCUGGCUUACAUGAAUGCCGCCAAGAGUUCAUCCCAGGUGUUCGGGUAUCUGGUCAGCUUGGUCACUGUAUUUGGCACCCUCAACUGGGUGAGCGUCUUGACCAGUUACAUCUGCUUCACCAGAGGUAUGCAAGCGCAGGGUAUCCCGAGGAGUCUGAUGCCGUAUCGUGGGCCGUUGCAGCCGUACGGCUCAUACUUUGCCUUAUUUGUGACCGUACUGGUUGUCCUGUUUAAUGGUUACAAUGCCUUUAUCCCUAAGUUCACAGUAUCCACUUUCAUGACCUCCUACAUCGGCGUUGUCAUCUAUUUGGCCAACAUUUUCAGCUAUAAAGUCUAUGCCAAGACACGGCGGGUAGAGCUUCACUCGAUGGACCUCGUUACCAACAGGCUCGAGGAUGACGGAAGCAAGUAUCCCAGUACAUUGGAGAAGGCGGCUUCAUGGGCGGCAGAACGGCUUAGGCGAUAG